AUGUUCUUUAGCUGGAGUGAUAUACACUUUCAUUUUCAUUGUUUCUGUCCUUACUCUAAUCCAAACCCAAAAGGGGAGAAAAGGAAAAGAGAAGGAGAUUCCAAAGAGAAACAAAGAAUAGAGAGUAAGAAAGAAGAAGAAGAGAAACAAAAAAGAGAAGUGAAGAAGACUACAAACAAGAAGGAAGGUCCCAAGAAGAGAGAAGAAGAGAAACAAAGAAAAGAAACAACUAAUAGAAACAAAGAAGAUAGGAUUAACAAGAAGGAAGAUCCCAAGAAUAGAGAAGAAGAGAAACAAAGAAUAGAAACUAAUAAUAGAAAUAAAGAAGAGAAAAACAAGAAGGAAGAUCCAAAAAAAAGAGAAGAAGAGAAACAAAGAAAAGAAGCAAAGAAUAGAAACAAAGAAGAGAGGAGCAACAAGAAGAGAGAAGAAGAGAAGCAAAGGAGAGGCAAUAAAAAGGGAGAAAAAUGA